CCAAAUAUGUUGUCGAAUCAAGAUCUCAGUCUGAGUUUAAUCGUUAUCCUGGCCGUAACUACGGUUGGUCAGGCCGCGCCUUCCAUAUCAAGGGUGGUCAAUGGUACGGACUCCAGUGUGCUGAAAUAUCCUUUCGUGGUAUCCCUAAGGAGCUACGAUGGCUCGCAUUCCUGCGGUGGUUCUAUUAUUUCAAAACAUUUUGUGAUGACCGCUGCUCAUUGCACCAAUGGUCGACCUGCGGAUACCCUAUCAAUUCAGUUUGGAGUGACCAAUAUUAGUGCCAUGGGUCCGAAUGUGGUGGGCAUAAAGAAGAUAAUCCAGCACGAAGACUUUGAUCCCACUCGCCAAAAUGCAAAUGACAUCUCGCUGCUGAUGGUGGAGGAACCUUUUGAGUUCGAUGGCGUCUCUGUGGCCCCGGUGGAACUGCCAGCUCUGGCUUUUGCUGUGCCUCAAUCGGAUGCUGGAGUCGAAGGAGUGCUCAUCGGUUGGGGUCUCAAUGAUACUUAUGGAAGUGUGCAGGACACCCUACAGGAGGUUUCCCUGAAGAUUUACUCGGAUGAAGAGUGCACCAGCCGGCACAAUGGCCAAACGGAUCCCAAAUAUCACAUAUGCGGAGGAGUAGACGAAGGAGGAAAGGGACAGUGCAGUGGAGAUUCGGGCGGACCCCUCAUCUACAAUGGCCAGCAAGUGGGCAUCGUGUCGUGGAGCAUUAAGCCCUGCACCGUGGCUCCCUAUCCGGGUGUCUACUGUAAGGUUAGCCAGUACGUUGACUGGAUCAAAAGCAACCAAAUCAUAUCGGCUUAGUCACAAAGUAUAUUGUUCAAUAAAUUGAAAAUUAAAGCACUUAAUAAAUAAUC